UUUGCGAAGAAAGAUUUGAUUGGCGGAGCCAGGGAGAUGGCUGCAGUGGCUGAGGGGCUGGAUGUCAGGGACUUUUACUAUCUGCAGGUUUUGGAUUCAGCUCAGCGCUCUGGACUGAGGUUUUCCCAUCCUCCCUCUCUCUUUGUCCAGGGCGAGGUACCUCUUCGCCGGCUGCUGUGGUCGGACGCCGCCGCAGGCCACGAUUUGCAUGGCGUGUCUGAGUCCCAGUGAAGAAGAUGUUGCAACAGGUUUGGAAAAAGUGGAAAAAAAUGAAAAACAAAUGGUGAUGACAAAUGGAAGCAGGGAAUGUAAUGCUCUUCUACAGGGACCCAUUGCUUCUCAGUGUGCUGGUGCUGCAGUGACAGAACGUCACAAGCCUGUCCUCUAUGGAUGGGAAAGGAUUGUGAAACAGAGGCUAUCUGGGAAAACAGCAGGAAGAUUUGAUGUAUACUUUAUUAGCCCACAGGGACUGAAGUUCAGAUCUAAAAGUUCAGUUGCUAAUUAUCUUCUCAAAAAUGGAGACACAGCUCUGCAGCCAGAAGAUUUUGAUUUUAGUGUUCGUUCUGAAAGGAACAUCAAGUCAAGAUGUAAGGGCUCUACCAUGGCAGCUCUGACAACCCAACAGCAAAACAAAAGUAACAUUUCAAACUGGAACAUUCGGACUAGAAGCAGGCAAAAAACAGAUGUUUCUCCUCUGCCAAAUAGUACUUUGGAGUUGCAAGAUAGCAGAGGACUGUCUAACCUUGAUUCCAACCAUGUGCUUCUGAGAGAAGAAGAAAAUAUUAACGACAUUAGCUCUGGGAAGGUUAGGAAAUUCAAAGGAAAAGUGACUGCUUUGAAAGGAAUUCAAAAUAAGAGAAACAGAAAACAGUGCAGUAACAGUCUUCCAGAUGCUGUCCAAAGUAAUACAAAAAGAGAAUCUGUGUUUAAUAAAGCAGAGGCUACAAGUGCAUCUGUUGCACAAGAAAAUCAGCUUGAUAGAGCUUUCUGCUUUUCUGAUGGCACCACAACCCACAGUACCUUUGGUGUGACUGAGGAAGAAAAGAGCCGUGUAAAAGAAAAAUCGUUGAGCUCAGGAUCAGAGUUUUAUUUUGAACAAAUAACAUCUGGUAUCACAAACAAAUCAUGUCCAACCACAGAAGGGGAACAUGAGAAGUAUGAGGAGACCUUUUUAGAAUCAGAGGAAAUCAGAGCAAAAGUAGAAGAUGGAGAAAGAAAGGAACAUUUGCAUACUGAUAUUUUACAGUGUGACUCUGAAGGUGACAGCAGCUGCUCACAAAGCAGUAAAGACUUGACUUCUGAGAAAAUAUAUCCAGAGGACAGCAUCCCACGAACACACACAGAAAAGCGGAAGACCAGCCAGUACUUCUCCAGCAAAUACAACAGAGGAGCUCUCAGCCCCCCACGACGCAAAGCCUUUAAGAAGUGGACCCCACCUCGGUCACCUUUUAAUCUCGUCCAAGAGACACUGUUCCAUGACCCGUGGAAGCUCCUCAUUGCGACAAUAUUUCUGAAUCGCACUUCAGGUAAGAUGGCGAUCCCUGUACUCUGGGAAUUUCUGGAGAAGUACCCCUCCGCAGAGGUCGCGCGAGCUGCAGACUGGAGAGACGUGUCUGAACUGCUGAAACCUCUUGGCCUCUAUGAGCUCCGAGCCAAAACCAUUGUCAAGUUUUCAGAUGAGUACCUGACAAAGCAUUGGAAGUAUCCCAUUGAGCUUCACGGAAUCGGCAAAUAUGGCAAUGACUCUUACCGGAUUUUUUGCGUCAAUGAGUGGAAGCAGGUGCACCCUCAAGACCACAAGCUGAACAAGUACCACGACUGGCUAUGGGAAAAUUAUGAAAAGCUGAGUCUGUCCUGAAGCCUUUGCUGCCCCAGACUCUUGUUCUGUGCUUUGCUUUGCACCUUGAUUUCUAUGAGCUCGGUGGAGCAGACCAGCCGCCUUCUUCCUGAGUCAGCCUGGGGGCCGGUGCAUGCUUCUUCAGUCCAUGUGCCAAUGGUACUGUUAUUGAAGACUCUAGAAUGUUCUUUGAGAUUUAAAUAACCGUUCUAAAAAUGCACAUUACUUUUCUGACACUGAAAUUGAUGGAAAGGUAAAAAGCUUUUCUAAACUACCAAUAAUGUAGAGCACAUUUCUAUCAGCCCUGCUAAAGAUUAGACUUCCUGUUCUUUGGAUAGAAAACAGUAUUAUUGUACACAAUUUUUACAUGAAGAAUUCCAGAGUCUGCCGUUUUUUACAGGUAUUGUAUAAUUCAAAUACUGAGAGAUUUCCUUUAGAAUCACAAAAUCCUAAAUUACUGAGUCUUACUUAGUGAUCUUCAUUUUAAUGUAUAAUAUAAAAAUAAAAUUUUACCUUCCUGUCCCCAAGGCAGACAUCUCCUUCAUAAGGAUGCAACCCAUUUUAAUUUAACAAAAUAUAUUCUUUAGCCAUGAUGGUGCACACCUGUGAUUGCAGUACUUGGGAGGCUGAGGCUGGAGAAUUGCCAAGAGUUCAAGGCCAGUCUUGCUCAAAAAAAAUCUUUAAAAAAGAAAGCAUGUUCUAGCACACUUGGUAACCAAAAGCCACCCACAACGCAUGUUAAGAAAACCCACAGUGUGUUUCUUAGUGAACCACUGAAAAUCUGUUCUGGUUUGCUCAUGGAACUCAUAAAACUGAAGUGCAGAAUAAUCAAAGGUUUUAAAAUCAAAGUGGAUUAAAUAGGAAAUCAAUAAAAAUUUUUUAAAGCCAA